GAGUGGCACAAGGUCAAACCAGUCCUUCUGUAUAAAUCCUUGCGCCGCUCAUCCUCAUCUGAAUUCUGACGACGACACAACAUACUUUGGCAAGAAGAAAAAAGAAUCCGCCACGAAAAUGGCGAUGGCAGCCGCCGCCGCCGCCUCCUCCUCCUACUUGAGCAAUGCAAGUGCCAUCUUGCUCUACGCCGCUCUCUUCCUCGCCGGCGCUCACGCCGAGCCCGACCCGACCCAGGUGGCAACAACCUCUCAAGUCCCAAGCAUACUCCCCGUCUGCAAGACAGUCGGCGGUGGCAGCACCUUCUUCGACGUCCAGUUCUGCCUGGAGGCUCUCGGCUCCGAUGGCCGGAGCGCCAACGCCGGCGCGAACUACGGCGCCUGCUCCGUCAUCGCCGCUGACCUCCUCACGGCCAACGCCACCAGCACGGCGGACAAGAUCGACGGCCUGCUCCGGGAGCGCGCCGGCAAGGACGACGACGAGGCCACGACGACGACGCGCUGCCUCCGGGCGUGCCGUGCGCUGUACGGCGGCGUGGUGAGAGGGCAGCCCGGCUGCGCGGCCGCCGUCAGGGGCAGGAGGAGCGGCGAGGCCACGAGGUGCCUGGAGAGAGCUGCGAGCGCGGCGGAGGAGUGUGAGGAGGGGUUCCGGAAGAGCAAGGUGGCCUCGCCGGUGACGAUGGAGAACGACGACGCGUUCAAGCUUGCCAAGCUCGCCGUCGCGCUGCUCAGCUGGGCUCAUUAGUAGUAACUGAUGAAGCAGCUUCUUGAUGUGUCAUGUCUAGUAGGGCGAACAUGUUUCAUUUUCUCUCUUUUUUUUUCUGAAGGAUGUGAACAAGGAUGUGGCUUUACUGUAUGUCUGGAAAUAAAAUGGAUGAGUAAAACAAAGCAAGUAUGGCAUGAUCGGACAUGCAAAGCAAACAUGGAGGAAGCAAUCAGCCAACAGCAAACCACCCUGAUGUGAUUUUUAUUUACUGUAUAUCUGCAUCGUGUUACACUAUACAAAGUUUUAUCAAGAUGCUAACAGCAACUCCCUGGUUGCUGGUAUUCGCGUAUCA